AAAAAGUAUCCUUCUCUCUGACGGAACUUAGAAAAUCACAGAUUAAAAUAACAAAAAUGGAGGUUGCUACUAUUGCACAUGCUAAAAUAUUGUUGCUCUAUAUGCAGCAUUUUGUAAGAAGAUUCGUAGGUUUUAAAACAAUGACAACAGUUACCAUUAGUAACAAUCAUCAAGAGAUGAAACUUACUGAUCCUGAUGUCUUCGCACCUGGAGAAAUGAAUAAUCCACUGAAUCCAACCAUUACCCCAGGACAAACACCGAAUUCAUCGUUCACUUCGCAAGGAAUGAUAUCAUAUAAGAUAAUUGGCCAAACCGGACCAAAUUGGGACCCUCUAUACCUUAUAGUUACAUGGAAAGUAAAAUUAAUAGCUGGGGAAAAUUCAAUAUGUAUUAAUGUACGUGAAUAUCAAUCACCACCACUCGAAAAUAAGACCUCUGAAGAAAAAUAUUAUUUAUUCAAGGAGUUGCAUAAAAAAGAAAAUAGGAUUUAUCCAGGUGGAACUGCUAUGUGGGAAGAUGACGGAUCUAUCUUUAUUGUCAAAGGAACAAUUGAUAAUAUGUCUGACGCAACAAUCAAAGUUAGUUUUGAUCAAAAAAAUUAGCUAUUACCCCAAAUAUGUUUUAAUGGAUGGUUGAUUAUUAUUUAUUUUUAAGUUUCAACAUAUAUGUAUAGUAUAAAAGUUAAGCUUCACUAGUAAGGUUAAUUUAACCUUUAUUAUUUUGAAGUGAACCAUAACGUCAAG